AUUCAAAAAUGGUGUCAGAUUUCAAACAUGCUGCCCAACACAAGGCAGCCCGAAGAAUUACCAUAUCUGAGGCCCCCACUCUUCAAUCGGUCAACUGCACACUUACUGCUAUUCCUCCACGCAAUAUAUCGUUAACAGCUACUGAGAAUGAAAUAUACAGACAACUCAACUCUAAUAUUUUUAGCAUCUCUACCCCAAUUGAUAUUGAGAUAUUUGCAUACCUUACAAAUAAUCACUCUAACCGACCAUUUAUAUCUUACUUACUCAAAGGAUUCAGAGAUGGGUUUAGAUUUAAUUUUUCAGGUCAAAGGACUAUGUUAAUUCAACAAAACUUAAAAUCAAUAGAAAUUGAUCCUCUCUCAUUUGCAAAAUACAUUCAGGAUGAAUGUGCACAAGGACGGAUGU